AUGAUCCGGAGAUUCAGCAACUGCUCAAGAAUUCUAUCAGAACUUACCACUCAAGACUGCUGGACCAGACUGGAAGAGAUUAAACAUCGCGUGGUGGGGUCUGAGUGGAGUCUGCUGGAUGACGGAUUAUCGGCUUACCAUGCCAAACAGUAUUACAUCACACUGCAAAGCGUCUUGAAAAACAACACCAUGGCCUUCAUGAAUGCUAGCAAAACUGUGGAUGGAAAAUUGAGUCAAUUCCAGAAGGAAUUGGAUGAAAAAUUCCGAAAAGGAUUACCAGUCUUUCCUGGUUACGAGUUCAUAUACUGUACGCCCAUGUCGUCAGAGAAUGAAUUGAGUUUCGAUGGUUAUGAUAAUCAUGAGUCGAUCUCUGAGUUUGAUCAGAAUCUGAUGAAGUAUACACGUGACUUCUUCAGGCGAAGAAUGUGGACUGGUGGAGAUAUACGGUUUAGUCGAAGGGACAGCGGAUUGCAUUAUGGUGACGCAAUCAGGCUGGUAGAGAAGGUGAAACGAAUGCGCUACAUGGGUUCCGAUCCACUGGCACGGAGUUUUAAGAGUUUUGUUGAUUAUGAGAGACUUUUCCUGGAUGAAGAGACGAAUUCUGUGAUAUCAAGCGAACUAAGGCGGAUCGUGUUUCUGAACGAUACUUUCCAUGAAAAGGAAUAUGUUCCAGAAACCAUUGACAAUGAAGCAGACUUUGAGACGAAAGUGACGCCAAGUCAUGUAUCUAACAUGAGAGUAAGUUCUUUAACUUUCAACUCGCAUAAAAUUCACUACGACAGGGAUUAUGCUACGAAUGUGGAAAAGUACCCGGACCUGGUGGUUGAAGGGCCUCUUCUGGUGGGUCUGCUUCUGCAGUCAUUUCAUGAUAAUUUUGGCGAGCACGAAAUGGCACAAUUUACUUAUAAAAUUAUGGCUCCUGUGAUGGUGAACGAGGAGAUCAGACUUUGCAUCAAGGAAAUGGGGCCAACUAAUUGGAGUUUGUGGAUUGACAAUGGUCUUGACAAGAAUAUUUUGAAAGGAAAAUUGAAGUGCUACAGCAAAGAAUGA